AUGCGAGGGGACUUAGAGCAGAGUCUCCUUGAUGGUCUCGGAGGAUGGGACGAUGAGGGCUGUGAAGCAGUGUUAAAUUCAAAUGAAACUGGAACUGUCACGUGCAACUGCAACCACCUGACCUCAUUCUCCAUCCUCAUGUCACCGAACAGUGAGAAGGAACUCUAUUUGGACAUUAUAACCUACAUUGGAGUUGGCAUUUCCAUGGGUUCCUUGGUCAUAUGUCUCAUUAUUGAAGGCCUCAUAUGGAGAAAAAUAAGAAAGAAUGAAACCUCUUACCUGCGUCAUGUUUCCAUUGUUAACAUUGCUGCGUCACUCCUGAUUGCAGAUAUUUGGUUUAUAAUUGGAGCGGCCAUUUCAGAUGCAAAAGACAAAAAAACCCCAGCAUGCACUGCAGCUACCUUUUUUAUCCAUUUUUUCUACCUAUCUCUGUUCUUCUGGAUGUUGGCCUCAGCUCUGUUGCUGCUCUACCGUACAACUAAUGUCUUUGGUGAGGGUUUGUCUAAAGCAUCUAUGCUGGGCAUUGGAUUCUUUCUAGGCUACGGAGCUCCUCUCAUCAUUGCAACAGUAACUAUAGCUGCAACUGCACCUGACAACGAAUACAUUCGAGAUAAUGCAGUCUGCUGGCUCAACUGGGAUGAGUCCAAAGCUCUACUGGCAUUUGUGAUUCCUGCACUUUCAAUUGUGCUGAUGAACCUCUUUAUUUUGGUUGUGGUUUUGUAUAAAAUUAUAAGGAGAAGGGUCGGAACAACUGCUGCACAAGCAGGCGAAAGGCAUGUUAUAAAAGUUAUUGCCAAAAGUUUGGCUGUGCUCACACCGUUUUUUGGAAUAACUUGGGAGCUGGAAUCCUAGCUAAUCCAACAGACAAAGGAAUCCUUAUUGCAUUUGCAUUCUUCA